AUGACCCAUUAUGAGCCGCCAUUCAAGCCGGAUCCAAUAGCCUACUCAAUGGGAGGCGGAAAGGCCGAGAAACUGCAAAAGAAACACGAAGAAGAGGCCGAGAAGGGCAAAACCAAGACGACGGUCAAUGAAACGGUCGACAUUUUGACGUUUGAAUACCCCUCGAGAGUGGGAAGCGGCGAAAAUCGUGGAAAAGCCGGCGUGGAGAGCAAGCCUCUCGGGGCGAAUCCGAUAGGACCGACCCCGUCGAAGGAACUGUCCGAUUCGACGCACCCCCUCAGGAAUUUCAAAGCCGAAGACGAUGGCUUCCGGAUGAACGUGGUCAAUGGAAUGAAGAAAUUGGAGGCCGGCCAGGGCAUCGACAAGACGCUCGGCAGAAUGUGUAAGGGGCUUGAAAGUUGGGAUUUUGUCAAAAAAGUUUCGUGAAAAUGACAUGAGGAGCUCUUUUUCACCUUGGUAUUUAAAAGAUUUCUUAGAAAAACCGGGAAUUCUUAGCUCUUUUUUUGAAAAAUAUUCAGUGAAAUUUUUUUAUAAAUUUCUCUUUUUUUAAAUCUACUUGUAAAUUUUAUCAUUCAGAUUUAUUUUAGACGAAUUGAAAAUUUUCCUGAAACUUUGAUCAUUUUAAAAACUUCAUUUUAACGCCGAAUUUUUCCCCAAAUUCCUACUAACAAACUUUUCAAUAGGCCUUGCUGAGGCCUUCAAAAGCAAAAAAAUCUCGCAUGGCCCAAAAUAAAAACAGCUUUUCGCCUCGAUGCCCAUUUUGAAAUUCAGCUAUGUUCCUUUAAAAAUUUGGAAUAGUACCAUAUUUUCCAGUCUUCCAGGGAUGCACUUGGGCUUAAUAAAAUGCCUAAUAGCCGAACAGGAAAAUCAAUGCGAACUUCACGAAAAAGGUUUGAUAUACAUGGAAAGACAAAAACUAACUUGUUUUUCAGUUUUGACGUCGUCGCUGAUUUCUUUGAGUCAGUUGGUGGCGAUCGAACGGCUGGAAAGGUUGGGAGUGAACACGAGAACGGCCUACGCCGGACUCGUCGACCGGACCGGCAAGCCUGUUCACGCCGUCAAGGACAUGCACGGUUGGCCUGAAAAAUAGGAUUUGAUGCCGCGUUCAGAACAAUAUAUGAUGAAAAAAAGCUGCGAAAAAUCGAGCCAACGAAAAAAAUUACGCGUGAAAAUAUAUAUAUAUAUAUAUAUAUCUGUUUUUUUGAAUAAUUAUUAGUAGUAAUAACAUAUUCAAAAAAAUUAUACCCUUCAAAAAAAGAGUUUAUUAUUAUUUUUUUGAAUAUCAAAGCGAUUCGAACAUCACUAGUGUAUAUCAAAAGUAAAUUUCUCAUUUAAUGUAUACAAAAAAACAGAAAUCCAAUAUUCAAAAGAAUCGGAUAACGAACAGUUUCAAAAAAAAAAAAAAAUAAAUAAAUUUUUUUCUCUAAUAAAAACCUUUCCUAAUACUUACGAAAUCUUAAAAAGACCAAAAAAAUUAAAUGUGCGUCACGCAUCACACGCGAGUUGUGAUAUAUAACUUUUUUUGUGAGCGGUUCAAUAUGCCUGUUUUCAUUUUGCACUUUUUUUCAAACUAAUUAUCCGUUUUUUUAUUAAUUAAAAAAAUGCUCAACUUGCUUCUCAAUUAUUUCAAGGAUACCGAAAAAAAUUUAACUUUCAAACUUUAAACAAUUUUUUUCAAAAAAAUAAUCAAUUAUUUUUUUGCUUCACAUUUCCUUUUCUUCAAGACACUCAAAACAGAUCUUUACAAUCAAAAUAACAAAAAAAUAACAAACCUCAACUCAAAAUGCUGCAAAAAAACAUUAAAUAAAAAAAUUUAUUAGGAAAUUCUGAAUUUGAGGUUAAAUUACACCGAAGUGCAGAGCGACGCAAAAUUGCACCACAAAUGCGCGUACAGUAGGAAUUUUUCGCUCCUGCUUUUUUUUUUGUAUUGUCAUGAAUAUUCAUAUUUAUUUUUUUUUUGUAAGUAGCGAUUUCUAAAAGAAAACACUCGCAAUAACAUAGCAUCUAUUUUUCAGAAUUUUACCACCUUCUGCAACGAUUGCGAGUUGAAGCCAGGCCAGAGGACAAGAAACUGCUCGAACUCCUCGAAAAACACGAUUUGCGUCGGAGGUUCGAGCUGAUGGAGGUCGGCGAGCAGUAUGAAGAUAACGUUGGAAGUUAGUUUUUUUUUUUCUUUUUUCAUGACUUCAAAUUAUCUAGCCUAUCUGCGCUCUCUUUUCUCUCGUAAUUGUACUUAGAAAUGACCGGCGAGAUAGAGAGGCCGCAGACAGGUCAGAGAUUUUUGAGGUUUUUCGUUUUUAUUUCAUUUUUUUUUUAAUUUCAGAGCUGAUCUUCCUGCCGCCAGCCUUCACAAUAAAGGACGGAUUUUUGAGCAUGAUUGAAAAAAAUAUGAAGGUGAGUUUAAACUAUCGAAAUAAAAUUUGAUAUUAUUCGAGAUCACAAAUUUUUUUGCGUGCAAAUAUUCUUCAAAAAAAAUUUUUUUUCAGUUUUUAUUCCUUUCACGGAGUUUUUGUUAUUGGAAGGAAAUGUAAAACCAAAAAUUAAAGGGGCGGAGCCAAAGCUCUCAAGUGACGUCAUGGGAAACAUGCGUGAACAACAGGGAAUAUUAAAGGCGCAUGUUUAUUGGGUCAUGAGACGAUUUCUAAUUGAAAAAAAAACUCAAUUUUUCUUUUGCCGUCUUCAAAGUGAUUCCGCAAAAUUAGAAAUAGCCGCCAGAAAGGGAAAAACGUGACUGAAUUUCGGAAAAUCGGAGAUUAUUUCGAAUUUCGCGGUGAUAACUUUGAAGACGGUAUGUUCGAGAGCGCCGCAGUGCAUGCACACUACACACUACACUUUACGGAAAAUAUAUGAGCGGGGCGUCAAAAAAAAAAAACGCCGUGCUUUAUCUUUUUAUUUCUCACUUCGAUAAGUGACACGAGUUGCAGAAAUCGGGAAGGACUACGACGAGGCGAAAAACCUGGUGGACAAAUACGCGAAAAAGAACAAAAUCGAGCUCCGCCAAAAGCCAGCGACAUCAACGAAAGUCCUGAAAUUCAAGAACGUCGUCCAGGAUUUGCCUAUGGUCGCUUUGAAAAACCAGCCCGAGACUCCCCAGAAAAGGACGGCUUAUACGACGAUCCGGUCCCUGGAAAAAAUUGUGAAUCCCAAGACUUUGCUCGAGAAAACGGAAACGAUCGUCAAUGAAACGAAAACCCCUAGAGAGGCCACUCCGAAGACGGCGGUGACGAAAGAAGAGACGGCGUUCCCGUCAAGGGAAGCUGUCACCCAACAAACCGUCUCAGGAACCAAAGACGUCGAAAAUCUGAGAGAAGCUGAAACUCAGAACGAAAUUGAAACCCAGAGGACCACCCAACAGACGACCCAACAGGAAACUACCAUAGAGAAGACAAAAUAA